AUGACCAUCCAGCUCCCCUCGCGUACCUUCUUCGAGGCGUCAAAAGGCCGCACAUACUCGUACGUGCACAUUCGCCCGGCGGGCACCGCAACUCACCCGACUCUCCUCCUCCUCCACGGCUUCCCAUCACACGUACCCGACUGGACGCGGCAAAUUGACCACUUCGCCCGGCUUGGCUACGGAAUCAUAGCCUGCGACCUACUCGGCUUCGGGCAGAGCAGCAAACCCGCAGAUGCAUCCAGCUACCGUCUCAAGCCAAUGGCCGACCAACUCCACCGGCUACUAGACGCAGCUGGCGUGCAAAGGGUCGUAGGCAUCGGGCACGAUAUUGGCUCGACGCUUCUCUCCCGGUUCGCAGCCUACCACCCAGACAGGUUCAUGGGCCUCGUCUUUCUCGCCGUCGGCCCGCCCAAGCUAGGCACCCGCUUCGACCUCGACUCGGUCAACGCCGCGACCAGGCGGGCCAUGGGGUUCGAGCUACUCGGGUACAUCAACUGGCUGAGCGACGGCGACGACCAAGGGCAGCAGGCGCAGCCGGUGCUAGAAAGGAACGCCGCGUCCGCCAUGAGCUUGCUGUUUGCGCGUGACCCCCGAGCCUGGGACGAGUGGCUCCGCCCCCUGAACAAGAUGCAGCAGUUCGUGACGGAGGACAGACGCGUGCCCCUCGGUGAGUGGUACACGAGCGACUUGCAACGGCGGCAUUUGGAAGCAUUCGGCAGAGAGGGCGGGCACACCGGCUCUACGCGGUGGUAUCGCAUGUGGCGGGACAACCUGUUUGCGCCCGACGAGGAGGGCUUUGAGGAGCUGCUCCUGUCGCAGCCGGCUCUGCUCGUCGCGCCGACGGGGGCCGGACAACAGGAACAAAUGCUGGCUGCGUGGGCGCCGCGCUUGACGGUUCGCCAUGUCGACUCGGGACAUUGGCUUCAUCUAGAAAAGGCUGCCGAGACUAAUGCCGCCGUACAAGAGUUCUUGGACACUCUGGGCAGCGGUGCGUGA